GUGUGGAGUGUGCGAAUGUGGUUCAGAUGCCGUGCGUGUCCCCUGAGGAAGUUCCGUUCUGAUGCAUCUCGCGUGUGUGCGGCUCGUUGCAGGAAGCUGUACGUGAGCCUGUCUGUGGCACUGUGCAUCCUCGUCUGCUCGCUGAUCCUCUUCUUCCUCUUUCCGCGGAGCGUCCUGCUCUCCCCUGUGGCUGUCAAGUCCGUCUACGUCUUCUUCACUCCCUCCACAGUGGAAAUGACCAUCACUAACGUCAUCAACAUCACAAACAACAACUUUGCCAUCGUCCAGGCGACCGAUCUGAGUGUGCAGGUGCUCUUCUACGACACGGUCUUGGGAACGGCUUCCAUCUCCAACGUCACCAGCGUCCAGCCGCGCAGCGUGGAAGGGUACACUUACGUCAUUCCCAUUCAGAUGACUGACGAAGGCCUAAACUCUUACUGCAAGUCAGUCGCCAUACGGAUUCACACCUUAUUCCUGCAUCUACAGAUGACAAUGAAGGUGUUCUAUCUAUCCCACUCUGAGCAGCUGUCUCUGGACACGUUUGAGUACAUCGACUGUGGCACCAACACCACUGUCCCCCACUUCUUUUGACCCCUCCCCCUGAAACACUCGGGAGGUCACUGGACAAGCCAAGGCUUCUGCCGUUUUCCAGGUCUAGGUGUGACUCAAGGACGCAAACCCUGGAAUAUGGACCGUAACGACGGCCACUGAACGCAGUGAACACAAUGUAGACCCCCCUGCAAGAGAGCACCCUCCCCUGGCCCCGUACUACUACUGGCCAGGGAGCGGCACUGCUUCCCACACUGGUAGAACCAGCUGCUGGGGCUGGGUGGGAGUUUUACAAAUGGUCCAGCGGUUCUAAGCCGGAGCACAGACCAAGGUUGCAGAGAUUUGAUUGAAACUACAUUCAUUUUUGUCAGUUUUUAAUCACUGUGGAACUUCCCUGGUGGUGGGAAAGAACUCCAGCAUGCAAAGUGUCUGCUAGCUGUGUUUAUUUUUGCUGCCAAAUAACAUUUUUCAUUCAUUUAACCACGUUUUUGGGACAUUCAAUACCCUAAACCUUAUUCCAGUAACAGUUUGAAUUUAUUUCAUUAUAAUCCACGAACACAACUCAGUUCAGAGCACAAAUACAAGUAUAAGUAUUUAGGAUGUUUCUGACUUGUGUGUUGCAUUGAAGCACCUUUAUAUUGAACCACUGUGCAUUUUAAGUGCCCUGCCCAUGUAACAUUCUACCAUGGAUCCAUGGAAACAAAUUGCGGGUUGAUUUUCUUGUUUGUGAAGUCCAGAUAAUUAGCUAUUUUUGGUAUGAGGAUGUAUUACAUUGCUAUUUUCAACUUUAGCAUUUACCAGCAAUAAAAAAAAUUUGGCACAGGUGUUUUUGGCAGAGAAAGUAGCCGUGGCUAAAAAAUACCAGUUCUUCCCGUUUCACACUGAUGGUUCUCCGCUUCCUGUUGACGGUUUGCUGAAGGGCCUUUUCAGUGCUGAGAUGAGGCCACUAGGUGGCGACAGAGCUCUAUUCCCCGUUUCUGAAGUUUGGAGAGAACAUUUGUAACUGGGUAAUUGUGAAGGGUUGUUUUCAAUCUGUAGCAGUGUUGUUUUUCCACAAAUCAUACAGUGGGGAAUUUUUUUAAAAUUUCAUUUUAUUUUUACAAUUAUAAACCUUUCGUUAGCAAAUCUGAACACCGUGAUCAAGUACAGUACAAUUAUGUAAUCCUUCAUUUGUGUUGUAUGGCAUUCUUUUCUAAUGGUCAAAUCAAACUAUUUUCAAAUCGCUGUAAUCAUAUGCUGUACUGUGAGUUUAAAAGCCCAAUGUGUUGCCAGAUUCCUCAAGAAUGUCUUUAUUUGUGGUGUCCGAUAAAUGGAUGCAUACUUGUUAAGCGGAUGCAUUUUAGGCUUUUCUUUCAAGAGGAGGAACAGUUUCAUGUUUUCAGUAGUGAAUGUGAAGCACAUCAUAAAUGGUACUAAGUGACUUUUUAAAAAUGAAUACAUUGUAAUUUCUGUGUAUUGUGUGUUCAGUUUGUGUGUUCAAUUUCUUGGGUAAAAUAAAUCCUUUCACAGAUGUUCA